UACCUAUAUCGUAUUGGCGCUAUUUAAUAUUUAUACUAAUUAAAAAUAAUUUAUGAAAUCGUUACUAAUUUUGUGAAAUUGUUUUUAGUAUUAAGCUUGAAUUUAAUACUUUGAUUAUAUGCUAUCAAGCAACAUAGUCAAAUUGCAUAAAAGAUAAACCAAUGGGUUCCUUAAAGUAAAAUGUUCCCUUAAGGCUUCAUUUGAAGCCCUUAGUAUAAGGUGCCAUUGAGGAAUUGAAUGGCUAUGUAUUAUUACGCAAGUAAACUGAAUGAGGCCUCAUGUAGUGGGUGUAAUGUGAAAGUACCCCCUGCACCCACGGAACCCGCACCAGUCCCACCGCCACCCACUGAUCAUGCGCCACUACCUCCUGAUCCAACUCUGCUGCAUGGCACUGGACUGUCUUAUUAUGAUAAUGAUGAUUAUUAUUCAAUGGUGCGAGGAAACAAGUUUAUGUCAGAAGCUACUUGUAAACAUAUUGUGAUGAAUGGUGGCAUUAACUUUGUGUCCACGCAAAAAGUAGAAGCGCCUCAGAUACCUAAUGUUUUGCCACCUGUUGUGAAGACAUUAGCAGGUCUACCAUAUGUAAAUUGCCCUGCUGAGAAAACAGAUGUUGAAUACAAGGAUGGACAGAUAGUGAGUGCUGCGUUGGACUCAUUAGUAGAUAUGAUACGACCAGGAGCAAGCAAAUCAUUUACAUUUACUUUUUUACUUUGCUCUCGUCUUUUUGUUAGACCGCAUGAAUUAUUGAGUAAAAUGUGUAAGCGGUAUUUUAAAAACUAUGAUAAAAUUGGCAAAGCUGAAAUAAAGGAUUCUCUUCAAAAAGAACUGAAUGAUAUGGCAUCACUUGUAAGAGUAUUAAACCAAUGGACUAGUAUGUUCCCUUAUGAUUUUCGUGACGACAGAGUUAUGGCCCUUGUUCGAAGCAUAACACAAAGGUGUGCAGCCGAACAUAUGGCUUCAGUGAGAUCAGAAGUGUCAACCAUGUUGGAAAAACUCCUUGAUAAAUUAACAGCCCUUGAACAGUAUGAAGAAACUUUGAUAGAAAUCCCACAAGUAUCAUCAGUUGAUCAAUUGGCACAGGGUGACAUCUUAACACUAAGUCUAUCACCGGUAGAAUUAGCGAACCAGUUAACAAUAGUCGAGUUGCACAGACUAUCAUUUGUUGGGCCUGAAGAAUUUGUUCAAACAUUUGCUCCAGUGCAACCUCCUCAGUCAACUUCUUGUGGCAAGAGCACUAUAAAUUUACAUCAUAUUGAAACUAAAUGCACAAGGAACUUAGAAGCAUAUGCUGAUUGGUUCAAUAGACUAAGUUACUUAGUUGCCACUGAUAUACUAAAGGCGGUCAAAAGCAAAUCUAGAGCCAGGGUGAUUGAACAAUGGGUAAUGACUGCUAGAGAAUGUUUCAAUCUUGGAAAUUUCAACUCCCUCAUGGCUAUUAUCAGUGGACUCAAUAUGUCUCCCAUUACAAGACUUAAGAAGACGUGGAGCCGAACCUCUGCCGUGUGUGGUCAGCAACUGCGUCAAUUGGAGUUAUGUGUAGAACCCAGCGGCAAUCAUGCAAGGUACAGGGCAGCAUUAGCGGCGGCUCCUACCGAAACGGCCGUACCAUUGCUUUCAGUCACUUGCAGGGAUUUACAUUUUGCAAACCAGGGCUCUCCAUCAAAGUUAGCUGGUAAUCGCGUCAAUUUCGAGAAGUGCUCUCUCCUCUCACGUCAUGUGUGCACACAACUUGCGCGACGAAGACUGGCAACUGAAGAACCACCGGCUCCGCCACCACCCCCUCCCAUACCUACAGUUUGGCGGUUCCUUAACGACAGGGCUACGCUCACUGAAAACGCGCUGGAAUUGACAUCGUUCGAGCGAGAGCCACCUAUCGACAGUUUAGAGAAAGAACGUCUAAAGCGUCUACGCGGAGCUACUUAAAAGGUGAAAACCUGUGAUUUUAUUUCCAUCGCUUAAA